CAGAGACCGCCGUGUGUUUACAUUUGAACUUUCUGCAGACCUGCAGGUAAAUCAAAUAUUAAAGACUCUAAUUAAAAUUAACCAGCCACGCUUUUUAGACAAGUGACCGGACACUGCAGUACGGAAUACUGUGUCGUUUUUGUUUGGGUUAUUAUUUAUGUUUUUAUGAAGAAUAAACAAGCAACCAUACAGAAAGUACAGAGAUGUCCACCCUCUUCCCAUCUCUGUUCCCGCGUGUGACCGAGUCUCUGUGGUUUAAUCUGGACCGUCCGUGCGUGGAUGAAGCCGAGCUGCACCAACAGGAGCAGCAGCACCAGACGUGGUUGCAGAACAUCGCAGAGAAAGACAACAAUCUGAUGCCCAUCGGGCGGCCCAUCUUUGAGACCUUCGACGAGGAAGAGGAGGAGGAUGACGAAGAUGAGGAGGACAGCGAGGAAGACUCAGAGGACGAUGAAGACAUGCAGGACAUGGACGACAUGAACAUCUACAAUGAGUUUCCUGAUGAUGGAGAAAUUAAUGAGGUCGACAUGGAAGGAGCCGAUCAAGACCAGGACCAGUGGAUGAUCUAGACCAGAUCUGUCAACCAGACACGUGUUUGUGAUGGGAAGAAGCAUCCAUAUGCAGCUGAAUUACUCAACUGACUGUUAUUUUUAUGUCUCACACACACAAGAGUUUCAGCUCAAGUGUUCAGUGUUACUAAAGAACUGCUCUCUGUAUUUCUCAUAAACGCAGCACUUGUUGCAACAUAAACUUUUUUAACAGACUUGUAGAAAGUGUUCAGUAACUCUUUGGCUAAUCUAUAGAGCCACUAAAGUUACUGAGUUACUCGCCAUUUCUGCAUGUCAUCCAAAUGUGUCAGGUGUCAGACGUGUCACGCGUCAUGUCUAAUUUAGAACUCAGAACGGGUAAAUCACCGCUGCUGUUUGUAUCAUAAUAUUUCUUUGUGGUUGUAAAUAAAUUUGUAGUCAAUUA